AUGCAAAGAUCUCUGUUGAGGAAAGUCCAAAACUACCAGCCCAAGCAAUGGCAGUCACAUAAUCUCCAAUCGAAUCACCUUAUUAGCACAAAUCUCCCCUCUCAAAACAACAAUGCCAGCAACAACGUUCCAAAGCAAAAUUUUGAAACUUGGCUUACUCUCAUUUCAACCCUUGCCCAAGGUGGCACCGACAUGGACCUUACCUUACAUAAGGCUGCAAAACUUCUCCGCUCUGGGAUUAAACCAAAUGACUACUCCCUAGUUCACCUAGUUCGGGUCUCAACGGACCUGGGCUAUGACUCUUAUUGCCAACAGCUUCAUUGCUACAUUUUAAAAUCUGGGUUUGUCUCCAAUGUCUUUGUUUCUAAUGCUUUGAUGAGGUUUUAUAGGAGAAUUGACUUGCCAUGUCAAGCAAAUAAGCUAUUUGUUGAAAUUCCUCAACCGAGUGUCAUUUCCUGGAACACUUUAAUUUCUGGGUGUGUUCAAUCUGGGCAGUUUCGUAAAGCUUUGGGGUUGUUUCUUGAGCUUCAAAGGUCUGAUAUUUGCAGCAAUGAGUACUCGUUUACCGUGGCUUUAGCUGCUUGUGGUCAACUGGGGUUUUUGCAUCUAGGCAAGUCAAUUCACUCCAACAUUUUGAAAUUUGGCUUGGAAUGUGGCAUUAUUGUUGGGAAUUGCUUGAUUGAUACGUAUGGGAAAUGUGGGGCUGUGGAUGAUGCCGUUUUGGUGUUUCAUAGCAUGAUUGAUAAGGAUGUUAUUUCAUGGAAUUCAGUCUUAGCAGCGUGUGCUAGAAAUGGAAAGCUUGAAGAAGCCUUCAGUUUUUGGCGCCAAAUGCCUCUCCGUGAUACAAUAUCUUACAAUGAACUUAUUAGUGGUAUUGCUCAGUUUGGCAACAUAAAUGAUGCAAUUGAUAUUUUAUUUAAUAUGCCGAACCCAAAUUCAUCUUCAUGGACUUCAAUAAUGACAGGAUAUGUUAAUAGAAAUCGAGCACGGGAGGCUCUACAAUUUUUCAUUAAAAUGCACUCUAAUGAAGUUGAACUGGAUGCGUUCUCGUUUUCAAUAAUUCUAAGUGGGAUUGCAGGUCUCUCGGCUUUAACAUGGGGAAUGUUGAUUCAUUGUUGUACAAUAAAGUGUGGUUUGGAUACUUCUGUUGUUGUGGGAAGUGCUCUCAUUGACAUGUACUCAAAAUGUGGGCAGGUUAAGAACACUGAGUCUAUGUUUCAAUCUUUACCUAAAAAGAAUUUGGUAACCUGGAAUGCUAUGAUCUCUGGUUAUGCUCACAAUGGUGAUUCAACCAAAGUUAUCCAGCUUUUUGAGCAGCUGAAAAGGGGAAGGGCUUUGAAACCUGAUGCGAUCACAUUUCUUAAUGUCUUAGCUGCAUGUUCACAUAACGAGACACCACUGCAAGAGGCGUAUCAGUACUUUGAAUCAAUGAUCAAUGAUUAUGGUAUUAAACCUACUGUUGAGCAUUGUUGUUCUAUGAUUCGGCUACUGGGUCAAGGAGGAGAGAUCUGGAGAGCCGAGAGAAUGAUAUAUGACCUGGGAUUUGGGUCAUGUGAUGUGGUUUGGAGGGCUUUGCUUGGUGCUUGUGCAGUUUGCAAGGAUUUGAAGGUCGCAAAGAUUGCAGCUGCAAAAGUAAUUGAAUUGGCCGGUAGCAAUGAUUAUGCUUAUGUAAUGAUGUCUAACAUUUUUGCACACUAUCACAAAUGGGCGGAGAUGAGUGUAAUGAGAAAGCUCAUGAGAAAUAAAAGAGUGAUAAAAGAAGCUGGUUGUAGUUGGAUUGAAAUGGAAAAUGUCAAGUUAAAUUCAUCUGCAUAG